AGCCUCUGCACUAAUAUCAAAUAAAAAUAAAAAAAAUAAAAAAUAAAAACAAUAUCCGCAUCCGCACUUGGAAAUCUAUAAAAAGAUACACACCUUCUUCCAAAAAACUAACACAAACCGCGUCCUACCGAAAAGUCUAUCUCCCCACUGUCUCUGUCCUGAUCUGUUUCCUUCAGAAAGAAUCCGGGAGCAUGGCAAGCCUCAGAGUCUCCUACUUGCUCUUGCUUCUUUCAAUUUUAGCCCUUGCAGAUGGAGGUUCAAUUGGAAUAAACUAUGGCCGACUUGCUAACAACCUGCCACCUCCAUCGAAAGUGGUGGAGCUUCUGAAGUCACAGGGAUUCCACCGAGUUAAGCUGUACGACACUGACUCGGAAGUCCUCACUGCGCUAGCCAACUCGGGUAUAAUUGUCACCGUUGCACUGCCCAACGAGCUCCUCUCCUCCACCGCGGCGGACCAAUCGUUCGCUGACAAUUGGGUCCAAACCAAAAUCUCAGAGUUCUAUCCUGCUACCAAAAUCGAAGCCAUUUGUGUCGGAAAUGAGGUUUUCGCUGACCCCAAUGACACGACCAAGUUUCUCCUACCUGCCAUGAAAAACAUCCAUGCCUCGCUUGCCAAGUACAGCCUUGAUUCUGCUAUAAAAAUCUCGUCCCCUGUAGCUCUCAGCGCCCUCCAAUCUUCAUACCCAUCCUCAUCCGGAUCUUUCAAGCCCGAACUAGUUGAACCCGUCAUCAAGCCCAUGUUGAACCUUCUGCGUCAAACCGGGUCGUACUUCAUGGUCAACGUGUACCCUUUUUUGGCAUACACCGCAAACUCGAACGAUAUCUCCUUAGACUACACUUUGUUUAAGCAAAACCCGGGUGUGGUGGAUUCCGGUAACGGCUUAAGUUACAACAGCCUGUUCGAUGCCCAAGUCGACGCCGUUUUCGCUGCCCUUUCCGCUCUCAAGUACGAUGACGUGAAGAUAGUAGUCACUGAGACUGGGUGGCCCUCACUGGGUGAUACGAACGAGAUUGGUGCAAGCCAAGACAAUGCGGCGUCCUACAUCGGUAAUUUGGUACGCAGGGUCCUCACUGGCGGUGGAACCCCGCUACGACCACAGGAUCAACUCGACGUUUUUAUCUUCGCCUUGUUCAACGAGAAUGAAAAAACGGGUCGCACAUCGGAGAGGAACUAUGGCCUCUUCUACCCCAGUGAGCAGAAGGUAUACGACAUACUCCUGACACAAGCGGAGCUCGACGGUAGUCAGUCAACUCCCUUCAACGAGAGGAAGAGCCAGCAAGUUUCACCGACCGGCGAAGUAACGAAGACGUCUGUGGGCUCGAUACUGUAUCAGUAUGUACCACAAUCAACCGAGUUUUUAGGGGUUUAUUGUCAUCAUGAGCUUUGUUUCUUUCUUGGUUGUAAGCCAAAAGAUCAGCUUUGGUACCUUGGAAUCAGUUAUCGCGGCCGUCAAAUUUAUAUCAUUGAUGGCUUGGAUGGCCUCGCUAGUUAAGAGCAUUCUCAUCUGAUUAGCAAUUUUUAAAAUUUAUUUUACUUUUUGACUAUUAGGUGUAAAACACAGCUGUAAUAGAUUAUCUAUAAACAAAAUUGAUAGGUUUUAGCUACAGUAUUGUUAAAGAAAAGAGCA